UUAAUAUUUGGUAACGAUGAAACAUGGAGGGAAAAAUUACCUUCGAUAUUUCUGUAUAAAUACCCUACGUCGAUAAGCAUAGUCACCAGUUACUUCUCUUCUGUUCAUUUGAUUAAAUAACACAAUCAAAACAACACACCAAAAAUGGCCGCUAAGUUCAUCAUCCUCGCCGCUUGCGUGGCUACCGCACUCGCCCAAUACUCUGCCCCAGCCUACAAGCCUGCUUACUCAGCACCCGCUUACUCAGCACCAAAGGCUUACGCCCCAGAACCCACAUACGCCCCGAAACCAUACAGCUUCGAAUACAGCGUAAACGACCCACACACCUACGAUGUGCACAGCCAAUCUGAGCACAGCGACGGAUACGGCAACGUCAAAGGAACUUACAGCCUUUUGGAAGCCGACGGUUCCACCCGCGUCGUCGACUACACCGCUGACUCCUACGGUUUCAACGCUGAAGUCAAGAAAAUCGAAGGACACGGAUACAGCGCAUCUGCCCCAGCUUACAAAUCCGCCCCGGCCUACAAGCCCGCUUACUCCGCACCAGCUUACUCUGCACCAGCCUACUCCGCACCAGCUUACUCCGCACCAGCUUACUCUGCACCAGCUUACGCUGCACCAGCUCACUCUUACGCCGCCCCGGCUUACAAACCAGCCCCAUACAAGCCAUCAGCUUACGCCCCAGAGCCAGCAUACGCACCAACACCAUACAACUUCGAAUACAGCGUAAACGACCCACACACCUACGACGUGCACAGCCAAUCCGAAUACAGCGACGGAAAUGGUUACGUCAAGGGAUCCUAUAGCCUUUUGGAAGCCGAUGGUUCUACCCGUACCGUAGAAUACACCGCUGACGACUACAACGGUUUCAAUGCCGUCGUCAAGAACGAAGGUGGAUACAAGGCCCCAGCUUACGCUGCACCAGCCUACAAGCCAGCUUACGCUGCCCCAGCUUACUCCGCACCAGCCUACAAGCCAGCUUACGCUGCCCCAGCUUACUCUGCACCGGCCUACAAGCCAGCUUACAAACCAGCAUACUAAUUUAUUUAGUAGCGUGAACCAACUCUCUUCAUCAUCUUUUUUUCAUGUUUUCUUCGUGUACCUCUCUGGGCCAUCGCGUCCAUAUUGAACCAUGGUUUCAAAGUCACACCAUGCCAUAUUAAUAUAAUAUAAGACAAUGGGUACGACUUGUGUAUUUAUUGUGUAAAUAUAAAUCAAUGUGUAUUUAUUUAACAUCACUGGGUUUUGUUUAUUAUUAUUUAUCCUUAUCGCUUUAUAUUUUAUUUGAUUAUGUAUUUUGAACACUACACUUUAUCCGCUAGUACAACGAAGGUUUAUACAGGACCCCAUCUUAAUCUGUACCAGCCUGUAACUCAGUGUACUAAUAAUUUCUCUAGCUAUGCGCCAUUGGUUGUGACAACUAUCUCACAGGCAUAUUUGUAAUAAUAUCUUUAUCGCCUAUUUAGAAACCAUAUUUAUGUCAUCGUUGUUUUAUUUUGUAAAUAAAUAGUGAAUUAAAUAAUA